CCUCCCAUCCCACCCACCAGUUGGUUCCUGCUCGGUGAUAUGUGGUGAUAAAACCGAGACGAAAACAGGAAAGAAGUCCUGUGCAGCCCUUUUCUCUCAAGAUUGUGCUUCUUGUGCUGUUUGCAUCUUCUGAUCCUGCUGUUUCCCUCUAACAACCACCAUGCUCCACCUGACAGCAGGGCGCGUGGGAAGCCUCCUGGCCAGGCGCGCCACUGCAGCCUUCAGCACCACCAGCGCGAGGAUGGCGAGCCACGACGUGGCAGAGACCACGGACAUGUCUCAGCCCUUGUACUGGGACCGUGUGGACAUUCCUCUGCCUGACAGACCCUACAAGGACACACUGACGGCUGGCGACCAGAGCCUGAAGAAGAAGGAGCAAGGUCCCUGGAGCCAACUGUCCAAAGAGGAGAAGGUUGCCUUGUACCGGCUGAUGUUCUCCCAGACCUUCCCCGAGAUAAAGCAGCGGUCAGCAGAGUGGAAGUCCGUCUUGGGGGGCAUCUUCAUCCUAAUUGGCUUCACUGGCCUGAUAGUUUGGUGGCAGAAAGCCUACGUCUACCCUCCUGCCCCCAGGACCUUUGAUGCCGACUGGCAGGCCAAACAGUACAAGAGGAUGUUGGACAUGAGGGUCAACCCGAUCGAGGGCUUCGCCGCCAAGUGGGACUAUGAGAAGGGCCAGUGGAAGUAGAGCGAGAGAAAGACGGUGGGACUAUGGCUGAGGUGGUGCAGUGUUUGGACCUGUCACUCCAGAACCCAAAACCACUAGUAAGACAGCACAUGCCCUAACCAGCAUAUGAUUGUACUCCAUGCCACUUCUGGCUGUCAGUCUGCCGCCUCCCCUCCGUCCCCUGCAGCUUUCUAUCAUGGUGACAACUGUGUCCGUCCAGGUGCAGCCUAACAAUAAUAAAGUUUUCUAAUAGUG